GGCGGAGAGAAAAGUGCACUUUUGGUCAAAAGUGUUGAACUUCAAAGUCACCAUAUACCUUUUGAGUAUUUUCCUUUCAGCUAAUAGAUCAAUGCUUUAAAAAAAGAUGACGUAACGUCAACUUUUCAAAUACUACAUCUGAGAUUAGUCCUGUCACACAUGUGUUUAAUACAAACAUAAAUUACAUCAAACUUGAAAGUCCAUUUGUACUCAGAUAUUCACUUCCGGGUUAAAACGAAAUGAGCCAGCCAAAUGAUUCACCGAAAAUCUCUCCUAUAAAAGUGGAAAAAGAUGUUGAGAAAGAAGGACAAUCUGGAUCAGAGAGUGAAACAACACCAGAGAAGCAACUAAAGGAGACAAAAACUGAUGGAAAGGCAUCAAGUGUUAGUCCAUCUCAGGAAAGAAAAAGAAGGUUUGAAACACCAGAAGAGGAAAGUGCUAAUAAACAUAAAAAAGAAAAACAAGAAGAAGAACGAUUGAAGAUGCAGGUUUUGGUGUCAAACUUUACAGAAGAUCAACUUAAUAGAUAUGAAAUGUACAGGAGAGCUGCAUUUCCAAAAGCUUCAAUUAAAAGGCUGAUGCAAUCCAUCACCAAGUCCAGUGUAUCACAGAAUGUUGUCAUAGCCAUGUCUGGUAUUGCCAAGGUAUUUGUUGGUGAAGUAGUGGAAGAAGCUCUUGAUAUUAUGGAACAGUGGUCAGAAUCAGGACCAAUUCAUCCCAAACACUUACGAGAGUCUGUUAGACGGCUGAAACAUAGAAAUCAUUUACCAAACUCUAAAACAAAGAAAGUCCUUUUCAACACCUGAUCAUGACAAAAAAUGUCAGAAUUGACAAAAGAAUAGGCUCUUUGGGCAAGAGCAUAAUAUAAAAUCAUCAUCAUGAAAUAGUACAUGUAUUACCUUUAUUGUGAAUUAUUGUCAAGUGACAAGUCAACAUUCAAAUGAAAUAGUUGUUAUGUGAAUGCUCAUUCAAAUUAAAAUAGUGUUGUUUGAA